GUGCUCGCUCGCUCAGCUCAGUGUCGUUUUGUCCUUCGUCUGCGUCGGAUAGUGCGCCCGUGCUUGUGUUGUGCCGUGCGUGAGUGGAUUACACCAACAUUGUGUUUUGUGUAUAAAUGAAUCACCUCCAGUCUUGGCUACGACAUCUACCCUACUCUUUGCAUUAAUAACCGCAAGAUGCCAUCGUUGCUGGAGGCCAUAGAACGCAAGUACGGCGAUGACUGGGAAUGUUGUGACAAGAUCAUGCCAGCCAUCGCUAUAUUUGUCCCCCCUCCACGCGGCAGCCUGCCUUCACUUCUAGUGUUCAACGACUGCAGCAUUGAUUCUGCAGGAAACCCUGAUAUUCUGCAGGACAAGUGCAGCCGUGUGCAGGAACUGGACCUGGCUCAGAACAGUCUGACAGAAUGGUCAGAGAUCCUGUGCAUUCUGAGGCACAUGCCCCAGCUGAAGUUUGCCAACCUCAGUUUCAACCUUCUCUCAGAGAGUAUUCAAGGCAAGGUCUGUGAUAACUUCCCUCUGUUGACCAAUCUCGUACUGAACAACACACAAGUGGACUGGCCUAGCGUUAGACAUCUACUCAAUGUAUUGCCAAGCUUAGAAGAACUUCAUUUAAGUCUGAAUAACUUCAUCAAAGUGGAGAUUGACGAUGACCUCUCAGAUGAACCCUCUGUCAGGCAUCAAAAUGUGAAGAAACUUCAUUUCACAGGCAACCCAGUUUCAGAGUGGUGUGAGAUCUGCAAGUUAGGCAGAGCCUUCCCAAACCUGGAGAUGUUGGUAGUCGCUGAUUGUCCUCUGGCUUCACUAGACCCCAGCAGUCCGUGUUCCUCUCCCGAGCGCAACGUUUACUCUCGGUCAGAGAGCGAGUGUGAAGGCAGCCCGAGACGCAACUCACCACACGACAGCUUUCGACAACUGCGGCUACUCAACCUAAACGGAACACUUAUCCACUCGUGGGAAGACGUUGAGAGGCUAGGCAGGUUUCCAGCGUUACAUUGUCUGCGGAUACAAGGGUGCCCGCUGUUUGAUGAAUACACAGAACACGAGAGGAGACAGUUGUUGAUUGCCCGACUGCCAAACAUCACAACACUGAAUGGUGGAGGACAAAUACAGCAUCAGGAGAGAGAGGAUGCGGAAAGAGCUUUCAUCAGAUACUACAUGGACAAGCCUGAGAGCGAUCGUCCUGAAAGGUACUCAGAUUUGGUUGCUAUUCAUGGAAAGCUGGAACCUCUAGUCAACAUAGACUUGUCACCUGAGAGAAGAGUGAAAGUCAGUGUCACUUGUGGCCAAAACACAGAACUGAGGAGCAUAAACGUCUACCAGACUGUUCAGGAGUUGAAGCAGAAACUGGAGCCGUUUGCCAAGAUCCCUGUAGCCAAGAUGCGUCUGUUCUACGUAGACCAAGACAUGGCCUCUCUUGGACCAGAGGAAAUGAAGUUCCCUAACAAACAGAUCUACAGCUACAACAUUUGUUCUGGAGAUGAACUCAUCAUCGACUCCAAGAUCUGAGCUGCAGCGUGGCCGCCGACAGCUCACGAGCCGUGAUAGCGAACAUCUCGCAGCUUUCGUCACCACUCAUGUGAUAUCGGACAGUCACUAACACACUAACCUUGUCCAUCUUGUUAUUAAAGUAUUUAAGCCUGUCCUCACAAUAAGGAUAGUUUUUCAUCUUGUAGAUUGUUGAGGUUAGUUUUUAAAGAGGAGGUUAAUGUUUCAGUGAUGGAAUUUCUGUACUGAAAUACGUUGGGUAGUCUUUAGUUCACACCAAUAAAAUCAGUGAUUGCUCUGAUAAGACAGUUGUUGGUGAUACUUUUCACUUUCGUUGAACAGACACUUUAUAUUCUCAUACCCACCAUUAUUCAUUCUUAAGAGCAUUUGAAAGAUAUUACGAGGAAAGAUUAAAUUUCUUUGGCAUUUAUAGUUUGGAUUUAUCCAUGUUCUUGCUCUGUUAUCGAUUUAAUUCAUUAAUGGUAAAGUCACAACCUAGUUAUUAGCACAUUGAGAAUAUAUUUGAGAAUGUAAUCGGUGUCAAAUAAGUUCAGCGCCUUUAAUGUAUAGUUAUGUGCAUGUUAAGAUAAAUUUGUGUUUACAUAAUCUAAAACAUAUCACUUAUCCUGGGCUUUGAGUCAUUGUUUAACGAUGAAUAGUGCUUUAUUAGUUUAACAUUAAUUUCUGGUUAGUUAAAAUAGUCAAUUUGAUCUGUGAUAAAAAGGUCUAAAAACUUCUUUUUCCUACGGGGACGAAUGGAAAGAACUUUCUUAUACUUAUUAUCUUGUGUUAUUAUCUUAUCUUGUACUUUAAUUUUAACCCACUAUUUUUAAUGCAGCUGGCAGUUUUAGAAAAGAUGAUUUAGUUUUUACUUUGAGUUACUUGAAACACCAUUUACUUCAAUAUACUUGAGCAAAUUGUGUUUUAGUUGUACCAUAUCUUUAUUACCUGCACAAAUAUUUCUUAAUAAAAUGGUGAUGGGAAGGGGUCUCUUUUUGUUGACUGGCUUAAUUAUUUUGUGCCAUUUAUAUUUCUGGUAAAAACUUUAAAAUCUAGGGGGUAUUAUUUUGUGCUGAACUUAAACCAUUUUUAUGAGGCAAACAUUUACAUUCACGUAAAGACAAUUUUAAAGUCUAUAAAAUAAAAGUAACAAAAACUCACUAAAACUAUAUGAAUAAAGGGAUAUUUUCAACUUACAAUUAAGUAACUAAGGGGUUAAAACGUUUGAUCUUAAUCCUCUAUUAGUUUAUUUUGCUUGUUAUUUUUUUUCUAUUUGAAAGCAUUUGAUUGAAUCACUAGUGGGUAACAAUUGCCCUGAUAUGUUGUGAUAGUCUAUAGUUGUGAUGUAAUGUAUUUCAUUCAUGAUACUUAAAACAGUGUGGAUUGUUGAAUAUUAGAUGUACUUGUAAAUGUAGUAUAAGCUAGAAACUAAAACCUUGUUAUGAUUUGUAAAUUUAUUUUGAUAUAAAACAGUCGUAAGGAUCUAAUGAUUAUACAGACUCAAAUUCCCAACGAUUUAAGGCAGGAGUUGUUCAAUAAAAAAAUAGAACUGAGAAGAAAACUUCUCUUUAUGUCUUUUUGGGACUUAGUUUUACCCAUGAACUUGUGAAAUAAACAUUUCCAUCAUAA